CUCCUUCCGACGUCUCCUUUCUUUUUAACUUCAAGCAGUCAUACCUCAUUGUUUCUUUUGCAUCAGAAACCAUCCGAUGCUUUUGAUCUUCUUCCUCAAGUCAUAUUUCCUUCUGACUAAACAUCGUAGUGCUUUUAAUGCUCACCAGUAAAUUGAGAUAAGGAUUCUCCUCAGCUUUCCAAUGCUUUGAAUCUUCGCUUCCUAUCUUUAGUACCAAAUGUCAAGCAUGCUCAUUCAUAUGCUAACAAAUUUCUAUAUCUUCAGAAAGAACAACCAACUCUGUGAGGUAGCCCUAUAUUACUCCCUUCUGUUUUGAUUGGUUCUUGCACAACAUUGGGAAAAGUGUUCUCUAAUGAAUUUACCAAAUAUCUAUCACUAAGCCUUCCUUCAGCUUCUUAAUAUUUUCAUCAGAGGGCUCUCUUCCUUACCACCUUCUAGACCCUAGG